AUGGCACCGCCCAAAGAGCCCAACGAGGAACUCAAGUUCGUCAUGAUGUGCAUCAAGUACUCCGAGACCGAGUUGAAGCCGAACUUUGACGAGGUUGCACGGGAGGUGGGAGCAAAGAGCGCGAAUGCAUGUUACCAGCGUUUGUGGGCGAUCAAGAGAAAGCUCGGAAUGACGGGUACUGGACACAAGAGAGGCACUGCUGGCGACGGAGUGGUUGGAACCGACACUACUACUGCUGCUGCUGCUGCCGUUGCUGCCGCCACCGGAGCUCGCAAGCGCAAAACUACUGCUGCAAAGGUCAAGGACGAGGACGGUAGUGGAGACGAGUCUACAUCAGUCAAGGACAACACCAACAAGAAGAAGCGUGUCACGAAGAAGGCACCUACUACUGUCAAGGAAGAAGCCGAUGACGACGUUGACAUUGGAACUGAGUCUGCCCCUGGCGAAGAGGUCAAGGUCGAAGUCGAAGCCUGA